AUGCUUCCCCAUAAAUCCGCCAGAGGAGCUGAGGCUUUGGGAAGACUUAAAGUUUUCGAGGGUGUCCCCGCUCCCUAUGACACCAAGAAGAGAGAAGUUGUCCCCGAUGCUCUCAGAGCUGUCAAGCUUUCCAGCUUCAGAAAGUUCUGUACCCUCGGUGACCUCUCAAGCGAAGUCGGAUGGGGAAAGCGAUCCCUCGUCGAGAAGUUGGAGAACAAGAGAAGAGAGCGUGCUUCAGCAUGGCACAAGAAGAGACUGGCCAGUCAAAACAACGUCAGAAAGGCCUUGAACCUCAAGGAAAUCAACUCAGUUAGAGCUGAACUGGCCGCCUACGGCUACUGA